UGUGGGCGGUGCUGCAGGGAGCCGCUGUCAUGGCGGAGCUGAGUGAGGCGUUGCUGUCGGUGCUGCCGGUCAUCCGCGUGCCCAAGGCUGGGGACCGGGUCCAUAAGGAGGAAUGCGCCUUUUCCUUCGAUACACCGUCUGUCUUUCUCCCCUAGGAGUCAGAUGGGGGGCUGUAUAUUUGUAUGAACACGUUCCUGGGCUUCGGGAAGCAAUAUGUAGAGAAGUACUAUGGGAAAACAGGCCAUCGGGUCUAUCUGCACCUCAAGAGAACACGCAAGCUGAAGGAGGAAGACAGUAGCUCCAGUGCUGGAGAUCCCCCCAGGAAGAAACCCACCCGCUUAGCUAUUGGCAUAGAAGGUGGGUUUGACAUCCCAGAGGAGAAGUUUGAAUAUGAUGAAGACAUAAAAAUAGUUAUUUUCCCAGAGCACCUGGAGAUCCCACGGGAUGGGCUGGAGGGGCUGCCAGACAUGGUCCAAGACAGGAUUGCCAGUGCGGUUGAGGCUAUCCUGACAGCAGAUUCAGCCUCGCGGAAGCAGGAGGUGCAGGCAUGGGACGGAGAAGUUCGGCGUGUUUCCAAACAUGCUUUCUCCCUGCACCAGCUACAGAACAGUGUCCGCAUCCCUCCGUGUGGCUGGAAAUGCAACAAGUGCGACAUGCGUGAGAACCUGUGGCUCAACAUGACUGAUGGAUCCAUCCUGUGUGGCCGGCGCUACUUUGACGGCAGUGGCGGCAACAACCACGCAGUUGAGCAUUAUCGGGAGACUGGCUACCCGCUGGCUGUGAAACUGGGAACCAUCACCCCGGAUGGGGCUGAUGUUUACUCCUAUGAUGAGGAUGAUAUGGUGCUGGAUCCUAGCCUGGCUGAACAUCUGGCUCACUUUGGGAUUGACAUGCUCAAGAUGCAGAAGACAGACAAGACAAUGACUGAGCUGGAGAUUGACAUGAAUCAGCGCAUUGGGGAGUGGGAGCUGAUCCAGGAGUCUGGGGUGCAGCUUAAACCCCUCUAUGGCCCUGGUUACACUGGCAUCCGAAACCUGGGCAAUAGUUGCUACCUCAAUUCUGUGGUGCAGGUGCUGUUCAGCAUCCCUGACUUCCAGAGAAAGUAUGUGGAUAAGCUGGAGAAGAUAUUCCAAAGUGCUCCCUCAGACCCCACGCAGGACUUCAGCACACAAGUAGCCAAGUUGGGCCAUGGGCUGCUCUCUGGGGAGUAUUCGAAGCCAGGCUCUGGAGAUGGGGAACAGCAACUGGACCAGAACCAGAAGGGCAUGCAGGAUGGCAUUGCUCCACGCAUGUUUAAAUCUCUCAUUGGCAAAGGGCACCCAGAAUUCUCCACCAAUAGGCAGCAAGAUGCCCAGGAGUUCUUCCUGCAUUUCAUCAACAUGGUGGAGAGGAACUGCCGCAGCUCAGAGAAUCCCAAUGAGGUCUUCCGUUUCCUGGUGGAGGAGAAGCUCAAGUGCCUGGCCACAGAGAAGGUGAAAUACACCCAGCGUGUGGACUACAUUAUGCAGCUGCCCGUGCCCAUGGAUGCUGCACUCAACAAAGAUGAGCUGCUGGAAUAUGAGGAGAGGAAGCACCAGGCAGAAGAGGAAAAGCAGCCACUGCCUGAACUGGUCCGAGCCAAGGUGCCUUUCAGCUCCUGUCUAGAGGCCUAUGGGGCUCCAGAGCAGGUGGAUGACUUCUGGAGCACAGCCUUGCAGGCCAAGUCUGUGGCUCUCAAGACAACCCGGUUUGCCUCCUUCCCAGACUAUCUGGUGAUCCAGAUCAAGAAAUUCACUUUUGGCCUGGAUUGGGUACCCAAAAAGCUCGAUGUCUCUAUCGAAAUGCCAGAGGAGCUGGACAUCUCUGCGCUGCGGGGGACAGGGCUGCAAGCUGGUGAGGAGGAGAUGCCAGACAUCGCACCUCCACUGGUGACGCCAGACGAGCCCAAAGGUAGCCUGGGGUUCUAUGGCAACGAGGACGACGACUCCUUCUGCUCCCCUCACUUCUCCUCUCCAACAUCCCCCAUGUUGGAUGAGUCAGUGAUUAUCCAGCUGGUGGAGAUGGGCUUUCCCAUGGAUGCCUGCCGCAAAGCUGUGUACUACACAGGGAACAGUGGGGCUGAGGCUGCCAUGAACUGGAUCAUGUCACACAUGGAUGAUCCAGAUUUUGCCAACCCUCUGGUUCUUUCUGGAUCUAGUGGGCCAGGUUCCACCAUCAUCUGUCCAGACCCUCCUUCAGAAGAUAGCGUGGCCACCAUUGUCUCCAUGGGCUUCUCCCGAGAUCAGGCUAUGAAAGCCCUAAGAGCCACGAGUAACAGUCUGGAGCGGGCUGUGGACUGGAUCUUCAGUCACAUUGAUGACCUGGAUGCAGAGGCUGCCAUGGACAUCUCAGAGGGGCGCUCGGCGGCUGAGUCCAUCUCUGAAUCUGUCCCUGUGGGUCCCAAAGUGCGUGAUGGACCUGGAAAGUAUCAGCUUUUUGCCUUCAUCAGCCACAUGGGCACUUCCACCAUGUGUGGCCAUUAUGUCUGCCACAUCAAGAAGGAUGGCAGGUGGGUGAUUUACAAUGACCAGAAAGUCUGCGCCUCUGAGAAGCCACCGAAGGAUCUCGGUUACAUCUACUUCUAUCAGCGGAUUCCGAGCUAGAACCCCCUCCUACUGUGUGCGGAGCGGGGGAGCAGGCUGCUGGCAUGAGGAGGGGGAGGCAGUGACAAUAAAUACAGAGAAGCAGUGCACAUUCUUUCACCCCACUCCCCGCUGUGUCUCCACCUAUGCCACUGCUGUAACUCUGGGGGCAGGCAUUCCUUGGCUAAUAAAACUGGGGGCUGGGGCCCCCAUGGACAUGAGUGAAGAGGGGUGGGCAGAUGGAUUUGUUUCAAUAUAAAAUCUCUCAUUACCCCUUACUCCAAGACACAGCCUCUAGUGCUUUGCUGCUUGGUGUAAUUAUGCGAUCGCCCUUUCAAGCUGAAAGGGGAGGAGGGGGGAGGGGGAGUGUGUGUGUGUGGCUUCUCUCCCUUGCCUCCCCUUCCCAAAAGAGGGUGCCAUCCAGGAACUAAUGUGGGCCAUAAUUAGCACCACUUCCUCUUUGUGUGCCCCUUAAAUGCCAAAAUACACGAAGGAUAAAAUAAAAAUCUGAAUACCCCCUGGCUUCUGUCAGUCCCAUAUGUUAGUGGGGGGCCCCGUCAGCUGGCGUAUCUGAACUCCUUCCUCAUCUAACACAGUGCUCAGGGUAACCCUGCCACUGGCAGUUCUCUACUUUGGCAUAUGAGCCCUUGUGCUAAGAAGCUUGGAUGGGAGACCUCACUGCAAAGCUAGAUGCUCUCCUGUCUUUGUCAGUACCUGUUGUCCUAGCAUGUGGACAGUGACAUGUGAUGCAGGAGAUGUAUCUGUUAAAGCAGAGGUGAAAGAUGGCUGUACUACCAGUAGCUACUAAAUAUCCCAUCAAGUGGGGGCAUUUGCCCCUGGAUUGUUCAGUAAGUUUGCAACUGUUAGGGUUGCUCAUGCCUAAAUACCCAUUGCUUGAACAACCAUCCUAUGUGGCUCUGGCUGUGAUGAUCCACUCACUUUUGUUUUCCACACUUGAUUAUUGGUGUAACAAUGCGAUCCCUUGAGAAAUUACUGAGUACACAAUGCAGCAGCCUUUCUGGUAAACACAGCUUUUGUUUUGUUUUCUGUAGUAGUGCGAUAGUGAAAACGGUCCAGGUCAACGUCUGUUCUCGUUUAAAGCCCUACAUGUGAUGGGCCGGAAUAAUUCCCUCUCCCUUCCUUGACCAGUUGCUGGGGACGGUACAUGAUUGUUUUGUUCCUCCUUUUACAGGAUGAAAGCGCUAUCCGUGUGCUUGUGUGUGCACGUAAUAAAGUACAAAAAAAGUCAGGUUA